AAUUUCUGAUUCAGGCUGACAGAAUCAGGUAUCAAAACAUAUUGAUAUUUCAUUUGACAAAGAAAUGUCAAAUUUCAAUUGGCUUUAACUAAUUGCAUUUAUUAACUGUCACUUAGUGCACUUUGAGGAUUGAUUAAUAUCUCAGUCGAUAUUCAUUCAAAAUGCUUGAUUUAUUUGGAAAUGUUUUUGGAAGAAGCAAGAAAUCAUCUUCUGGAUCCUCAAGUAAACAGGAACCAACAGCCUCAGAUGAAGAUUUUGUUGUUGUCCCAAAUCAAGCAAAUCCUCCAGUAACCUCGUUAUAUCCUUACAUUGAUUUCUCUGAAUUGAGUGUCAAUGGUGACGCAUCAUCAACUAAUGCUGUCAAACAAAAUUAUGAUCAACAUUUAACACCUUUAGACAAAGUACCCUUUGUUUGUAAUACAAAUCUCCCUGCCCAUAAAUUUAGUAUUGAACUUGAACCAUAUUUUCAGACGAUUGAAAAGAUCGACAUGUUCCUCACGGCUCCAUCAAUGUCUGAUUAUAAUUUUGCAUUAGAGAAAAGUUAUCUGAGCGAAUAUCAGUAGACAUUAAACCGUGGACACUAAAGCUCAUGUCGACGAACUCCAGGCUUAAAAUCACAUAUCGAAUGUCUGUCAAGUAUGUGUUGAUAUGCAAUUAUAUACUAAGCUGGAUCAUAUCAGAAGCUGGUUUAUACGCUUGUUAUGAACAGUACCAUAUUUUAUUUUCAGCUGCGUAAUCCAUAUCGCAUUUCGUUGAAUGUCUAUCUCAUGUAAUUUUUGCGUCAUUAUUCAAAAUUAUCCAUUUCCAUUGUUGACUCUCUUUUGAUAGACUUUGAGUCCUUCUGUUUCUCUUUGAAAGCGAGUGAAUCAAAGUUACAAAAAUCUCUGUAGAAAUCAAUGAACUGACAAACCAAAAAUGUAAAUCAAAAAUGUAUUAAUUGCGACUUUCUGAUCUGUUUUUCAUGCAAGAAAUAUCUCUUUUAUUUA